AUGCAGCAUGAGUCGCGCAACAUGAGUCGCCAGCAGGACGCCAAGAGAGUCAUAUUGACCGGGUAUUUUAGCAAUAGUGAAGUUUUACCGCCCGCCUCGCGUGUCGAUAGUGCCGAAGAGAUCGAGUCUUCAUCGUUGAGGUGAGCGGAUAGUCUGUUAUUGAACAUAGCGUACUGUAUGUAACAUUCUAACAUUGCCGCCUCAAUAGUGACGAGAGGUACAAAGGUCUUCCAGUUGCCUAGCAUCUUCUCUUUUUAGACAGAUAUGGCUACCAGUUGCCCCGUUUGUAAUCUAACCUCUAACAGAACACUCAGUAGCCUUCAAGCCACCGCUGACUUUUCCAUGUGUUGAUACAUUGUUUCCUAUGAUGGAUAUUUGAAAUCGAAUGAGUUCAUAGACUAAACAAGCAGUGACAAUACACCCGUGCGUACGACAAGGCAAGCACUAUAAAUACCAGUUGUAGGCUAAACUAGGCUCUUUUUAUUAGGCUACAGAAAACUUGAGCGCAAGCCCUUACAGAAUAUAUACUGAACAAAAAUAUAAACGCAACAAUUUCAACAAUUGUACUGAGUUACAGUUCAUAUAGGGAAAUCAGUCAAUUGAAAUAAAUAAAUUAGGCCCUAAUCUAUGGAUUUCACAUUACUGGGUAGGGGCACAGCCAUGGGUGGGACUGAAGGGCAUAGGCCCACCCACUUGGGAGCAAGGCCCACCCACUGGGGAGCCAGGCCCAGCCAAUCAGAAUGAGUUUUUCCUCACUAAAGGGCUUUAUUACAGACAUAAAUACUCCGGGUGGCUGGUCUCAGAUGAUCCCGCAGGUGAAGAAGCCAGAUGUGGAGGUCCUGGGCUGGCGUGGUUACACGUGGUCUGCGGUUGUGAGGUCAGUUGGACGUACUGCCAAAUUCUCUAAAACGAUGUUGGAGGCAGUUUAUGGUAGAGAAAUGAACAUUACAUUCUCUGGCAACAGCUCUGGUGGACAUUUCUGCAGUCAGCAUGCCAAUUCCAAGCUCCCUCAGUGGCAUUGUGUUGUGUGACAAAACUGCACAUUUUAGAGUGGCCUUUUAUUGUCCCCAGCACAACGUUCACCUGUGUAAUGAUCAUGCUGUUUAAUCAGCUUCUUGUUAUGCCACAUCUGUCAGGUGGAUGAAUUAUCUGGCAGACAUAUCAGUGUGGAUGUCGGAUCACCACCUCAAGCUGAACCUCGGCAAGACGGAGCUGCUCUUCCUCCCGGGGAAGGACUGCCCGCUCCAUGAUCUCGCCAUCACGGUUGACAACUCCAUUGUGUCCUCCUCCCAGAGUGCAAAGAACCUUGGCGUGACCCUGGACAACACCCUGUCGUUCUCCGCUAACAUCAAAGCGGUGACCUGAUCCUGCAGGUUCAUGCUCUACAACAUUCGCAGAGUACGACCCUACCUUACACAGAAAGUGGCACAGGUCCUAAUCUAGGCACUUGUCAUCACCCGUCUGGAUUACUGAAACUCACUGUUGGCUGGGCUCCCUGCCUGUGCCAUUAAACCCCUACAACUUAUCCAGAACGCUGCAGCCCGUCUGGUGUUCAACCUUCCCAAGUUCUCUCAUGUCACCCAGCUCCUCCGCACACUCCACUGGCUUCCAGUUGAGGCUUGCAUCUACUACAAGACCAUGGUGCUUGCCUACAGAGCUGUGAGGGGAACGGCACCUCCUUACCUUCAGGCUCUGAUCAGACCCUACACCCAAACGAGGGCACUACGUUGAUCCACCUCUGGCCUGCUAGCUCCCCUACCUCUACGGAAGCACAGUUCCCGCUCAGCCCAGUCAAAGCUAUUCGCUGCUCUGGCACCCCAAUGGUGGAACAAGCUCCCCCACGACGCCAGGACAGCGGAAUCACUGACCACCUUCUGGAGACACUUGAAACCCUACCUCUUUAAGGAAUACCUGGAAUAGUAUAAAGUAAUCCUUCUUUCAGCUCAUGAAACAUCGGACCAACACUUUACAUGUUGCGUUUAUAUUUUUGUUCAGUAUAUAUCAUUUUUUGUUACACAAACAUUGUUUGUUCUGCAAAUGUAUAAAUAACAAUAAACUCCACGCAUAGACUACAGGGUGAGGACACACACCUAAACCUAACCCCCAAACCUAACCAUAAUUCUAACCCUAAACCUAACCCCAAAGCUUAAAAUAGCCUCUGUCCUCGUGGGGACGUGGGAAAUGUCCCCACAAGGGAUAAUUUUCCUUGUUUUACUAUCCUUGUGGGGACUAUUUUUCCCUCCCCAUUCAAAUGGCCAUCUGUAAAAGCAGAGUUACUGUUAUAGGCUGGAGCUGCGGUUCAAGUUCACGUUUUUUAUUAGUCAUAUGUACAGGACGCACAUGGUAUACACCAUCCAAUGAAAUGCAUACUUGCAGGUUCCUUCUUGACAAUGCAACAACAAUAAGAAAUAAUAAAAGAUAAGAAUAUGAACUUAAAGUAAAUGGCUCAGUAGAAUAGAAUAACAAUUUUAGCAUAAGAAUAAUACAGGAAAGCGCAAUUUAUGGAACAAUAUUUACACAUGUAUCAGAAAUGUGAUUUCCUGGGUUUUAUAUAUAUUUCCACACUAAGAGGUUGGAAUAAUACUGUGAGAUUAUAAAAAUGAUGACAAUGCGCUUUUAGUGUAAGAGCUGUUUGAAAAGACCGGCUGACAUUUCUGCCUGUUUUGCUGGGAUUGAGUUUUAGCCUGCCUGGUGACAUCACCAAUAAAAAAGAGUUUCAAACCUCUCUGCCUAUAACAGCUAGUUUUCAGUUUCCGCUCCCCACUUACACCACUCCCAGACAGUCCUAGCAAAGUUAUUGCUUGAUAAAUGUCUCUUUGCUAUAUAUAUUAUUCUUUUUUUUAUUUUUUAUUAUUAUUAUUAUUAUUAUUAUUAUUAUUAUUAUUAUUAUUAUUAUUAUUAUUAUUAUAAAAAAAUCACAGUAAGGUACUUAAUUGUUACCCAUAAAUGAUUUGAUAUUGAGAUAAAAAACAGCUGCAUUGGACCUUUUAAAUUGUGCUGUAUUAGCAAUAGUAAAUAAGAUUCUGGUAGCAGCAAUUGUGACGUGAGUGUCUAUGUGUGCUAAGGUGUGGAGAGUCAGUGCAGGGGGUCAGUCCAGUUCAAGUGUUCAGCAGUCUAAUGGCUUGUUGAUAGAAACGGUGUCUGAACCAGUUGGUAUCAGACCUCAGUCAGUGUCUACCCAACGGUAAGUGUCUGCCCCACGGCAAGGGAGUGAACAGCUCAUGGCUGGGGUGUGUGGGGUCCUUGAUGAUUCUGUGGGACUUCCUCAGGCACAGUUUCAAGUAGAUGCUCUGGAUGGGUGGCAACACGGCCCCAGUGAUGUACUGGGCAGUCUUCACCACCCGCUGGAGGGCCUUGCGGUCGUGGACGGAGCAAUUCCCGUACCAUUCCAUGAUGAAACCGGGCAGGACGCUCUCAAUGGUGCAGCGGUAGUAUUUUGAGAGGACCCGGGUUGGCAUGCCUAAUUUCUUCAGCCGCCUUAGGAAGUAGAGACACUGUUGCGCCCUCUUGACAAGAGUGGUGAUGUAGUUGGUGCAUGUCAAGUCCUCAGUGAUGACAACGAGGAACUGAAAACUGCUCUCUACUGCAGUCCCAUUGAUGUGGAUCGGCGUGUGUUCCCUCCUCUGCUUCCUGAAGUUAUUUUGCUGACGUUGAGGGGGAGGUUGUUGUCCUGGCACCACAAUGCCAGUUCACUUACCUCCUCCCUAUAGGCUGACUCGUCAUUGUUGGUUAUCAGGCCUACAACCGUGAUGUCAUCAGCAAACUUCAUUGAGUUGGUGUCGUGCAAAGCCAUGCAGUAAUGGGUGAACAGGGAGUACAGCAGAGGGCUGAGGACACAUCCCUGGGGGGACCCAUGUGUUAAGAGUCAGUAUGGAGCCUCACAGCCUGUGGUCUGCCCGUCAGGAAGUCCAGGAUCCAGUUGCAGAGGGUAGUGUCGUCCAGUAGUGAUGCGCGGGUUGAAUAAAGAGAAAACAAUACGUUAAAAAAUACAUAAAUGUAUAAUUCAAUUUUAUAUCUAUAGGCUACAUUGAGGUUUUUCUUUCAUUAUUUUAGGCUAUCUGGCAUAGUGCGUAAGCCUUAGGGCCUAACUGUAUGCGUGCCAAAUAGCCUGCACGCCAAUCGCCAAAUGCUUUUGGCAGUGGGCAGAAAAUGGUCACGUCGAUCUAAGCGACAAUGUCGGAGUUUAAUUCAAUAAGAGAAAAGCUGCGAAAUGGAAAGUUGAAAAUAAAGAGAAGGGAGGGGCAGAGAAGUAAUGUUUGGGAAAGAUUUGGUGUUAUUGCAUUUUCUCCUCGGUCCCUAAACAUCUUUGCGGCACGAAAGAAGCAGAGAUGACAGAGAGAACUUUACAGAUGUCAACUAGAUUGAAGAAUUCAUUCUAUCGAUUUAUGACAUUAUUCUGGUGAACAAGGGUUUAUUUAGUCUUCUGGGGCAACAUAUAAUGACAGAAUAGAAGCUGCAUAUAUCUAAUUAUAGAAAGGUUGACUAACAAAUAGCCUACCAAAACGUCAAAUUAUAAGCAGAAACAUAUCUAAAUCAGGCAAAAAGAAUCACACACCUUCUAUCAAAAAAAUCUUUCAGCUGUCUCUGACUGUAGCCUACAGUGCAUUUUCUAGAUUAGCGGGUUAGGGUCAGGUUCGGGCCUCAGAUUUUCACUUCAUCACAUAUAGUUGGCCAGUUGCAGAUUAGUUAUUUGCAAUUGCGGGCGGGUGCAGGUGAACAAACCGCUUUGAUGUGGGUCAUGACCAGCCUCUCCAAGCACUUCAUGAUGACAGGGGUGAGUACGAUGGGGCCAGUGGUGGAAAAAGUACCCAAUUGUCAUUCUUGAGUAAAAGUAAAGAUACCUUUAAAAGAAAAUGACUCAAGUAAAAGUAAAAGCCACCCAGUAAAAUACUACUUGAGUAGAAGUCUAAAAGUAUUUGGUUUUAAAAAUACUUAAGUAUCAAAAGUAAAAGUAUAAAUCAUUGCAAAUUGCAUAUAUUAAGCAAACCAGACGGCACACUUUUCUUUUUUUUUAACUUACGGAUAGCCAGGGGCACACUCCAACACUCAGACAUAAUUUACAAACAAAGCAUUUCUGUUUCGUGAGUCCGCCAGAUCAGAGGCAGUAGGGUAGACCAGGGAUGGUCUCUUGACAAGUGUGUGAAUUGGACCAUUUCCCUGUCCUGCUAAGCAUUCAAAAUGUAACAAGUACUUUUGGGUGUCAGGGAAAAUGUAUGGAGUAAAAUGUACAUUAUUUUCUUUAGGAAUGUGUAGUAAAGUAAAAGUAGUCCAAAAUAUAAAUAGUAAAGCAAAGUACAGAUACCCCAAAAAACUACUUAAGUAGUACUUGAAAGUAUUUUUACUUAAGUACUUUACACCACUGGAUGGGCGAUUAGUCAUUUGGGCAUGUCACCUUGGUUUUCUUGGGUACUGGGACGAUGGUGGUCUUCUUUAACCAAUUGGGGACUACAGCCUGGGGACAGGUUGAAGAUGUCAGAGCAGACACCCACCAGCUGGUCACCGCACACUCUGAGGAUGUGGCCAGGGAUGCCACCUGGGCCGGUGGCUUUGUGAGUAUUCACUCUUUUGAGAGUUUUCCUCACGUCCGCCUCAAAGGGCGAAAGCACCUGGUCGUCCGGAGCAGUGAGAGCCUUUCUGGAUGGCUCGGUAUUAUCUGCCUGGAAGCGAGCAUAAAAUGUGUUAAGCUCGUCUGGGAGGGAUGCUUUGGUGGGCAGCACACAGCUGGAUUUGCCUUUGUAGUCCGUAAUAGCAUGUAGUCCUCGCCACAUGCGUUGUGAGUCUGAGUUGUCGAACAUCGAUUCAAGUUUGAGUUUGUAUUGUCUUUUUGCAUCCAUAAUAGUUUUUAGCCGAGCUUGUACCUGCUUGCCUUGUACGUGUCGCACGCCACCAAGUAUUUAGGGUUCGUUCUGCUGACAUUAAAUGCCAUAGUACGGGCUCUCAGGAAUGUACGGAUUUCUCUGUUUAUCCAAGGUCUUUGGUUGGGGUACAGUAUGUCCUAAUUGUUAUCAACACAUUUCCUUAUGAAGCCUGUGACUGACAGUGUACUGUAUAUUGUAGAGUCCUGGGUGGAUGAAUCUUUGAACAUAUUCCUAUAAUUAUUCUCAAAACAGUCCUGCAGCAUUGAGUCUGCUCUCUGUUCAGCACCUCACUAUUCUCUGUGUUGGUGGCUCCCCAUUGAGUUGCUGCUUGUAGGCAGGGAGUAGGAACAGAGAUACAAUGGGGAAAAAAAGUAUUUAGUCAGCCACCAAUUGUGCAAGUUCUCUCACUUAAAAAGAUGAGAGAGGCCUGUAAUUUUCAUCAUAGGUACACGUCAACUAUGACAGACAAAUUGAGAAAAAGAAAUCCAGAAAAUCACAUUGUAGGAUUUUUAAGGAAUUUAUUUGCAAAUUAUGGUGGAAAAUAAGUAUUUGGUCACCUACAAACAAGCAAGAUUUCUGGCUCUCACAGACCUGUAACUUCUUCUUUAAGAGGCUCCUCUGUCCUCGACUUGUUACCUGUAUUAAUGGCACCUGUUUGAACUUGUUAUCAGUAUAAAAGACACCUGUCCACAACCUCAAACAGUCACACUCCAAACUCCACUAUGGCCAAGACCAAAGAGCUGUCAAAGGACACCAGAAACACAAUUGUAGACCUGCACCAGGCUGGGAAGACUGAAUCUGCAAUAGGUAAGCAGCUUGGGAUGAAGAAAUCAACUGUGGGAGCAAUUAUUAGGAAAUGGAAGACAUACAAGACCACUGAUAAUCACCCUCGAUCUGGGGCUCCACGCAAGAUCUCACCCCGUGGGGUCAAAAUGAUCACAAGAACGGUGAGCAAAAAUCCCAGAACCACACGGGGGGACCUAGUGAAUGACCUGCAGAGAGCUGGGACCAAAGUAACAAAGCCUACCAUCAGUAACACACUACGCCGCCAGGGACUCAAAUCCUGCAGUGCCAGACGUGUCCCCCUGCUUAAGCCAGUACAUGUCCAGGCCCGUCUGAAGUUUGCUAGAGUGCAUUUGGAUGAUCCAGAAGAGGAUUGGGAGAAUGUCAUAUGGUCAGAUGAAACCGAAAUAUAACUUUUUGGUACAAACUCAACUCGUCGUGUUUGGAGGACAAAGAAUGCUGAGUUGCAUCCAAAGAACACCAUGCCUACUGUGAAGCAUAGGGGGUGGACACAUCAUGCUUUGGGGCUGUUUUUCUGCAAAGGGACCAGGACGACUGAUCCGUGUAAAGGAAAGAAUGAAUGGGGCCAUGUAUCGUGAGAUUUUGAGUGAAAACCUUCUUCCAUCAGCAAGGGCAUUGAAGAUGAAACGUGGCUGGGUCUUUCAGCAUGACAAUGAUCCCAAACACACUGCCCGGGCAACGAAGGAGUGGCUUCGUAAGAAGCAUUUCAAGGUCCUGGAGAGGCCUAGCCAGUCUCCAGAUCUCAACCCCAUAGAAAAUCUUUGGAGGGAGUUGAAAGUCCGUGUUGCCCAGCGACAGCCCCAAAACAUCACUGCUCUAGAGGAGAUCUGCAUGGAGGAAUGGGCCAAAAUACCAGCAACAGUGUGUGAAAACCUUGUGAAGACUUACAGAAAACGUUUGACCUGUGUCAUUGCCAACAAAGUGUAUAUAACAAAGUAUUGAGAAACUUUUGUUGUUGACCAAAUACCUAUUUUCCACCAUAAUUUGCAAAUACAUUCAUUAAAAAUCCUACAAUGUGAUUUUCUGGAUUUUUUUCCCUCAUUUUGUCUGUCAUAGUUGACGUGUACCUAUGAUGAAAAUUACAGGCCUCUCUCAUCUUUUUAAGUGGGAGAACUUGCACAAUUGGUGGCUGACUAAAUACUUUUUUCCCCCACUGUACAUGAUCUGAUUGGCCAAAGUGGGGGCAGGGGAUGGCUUUGUACACGUCACAGAUGUUUGUGUACACAUGGUCGAGCAAGUUUAUCCCUCUCGUGGGGCAGGAUACAUGUUGGUGAUGCUUUGGAAGAAUUUGCUUUAAACUUGCUUGGUUAAAAUCUCCCGCAACAAAAAAGACUGCUUCCGGGUGAGAGGAUUCUUGCUGGCUAAUGUUCUUAUACAGUUCGCUGAGUGCCGCCUUGAUGUUUGCUUGUGGCGGUAUGUACACAGCUGUUAGUGAAGGUAGCGUUUGUACCUUCAAACACCCAUGCAAUAACACCAGUCCCACCCAUAUACAACCAUCUGAAUCACCUCCAGCUGGCAGCCAGACAGACCCCAACAGACAACGGAGGCCCUUGUCGCCCCAUGCGACAGCCCUCCUCUAAGGGGCAGCGCCCCUCAUGACAACAGCGCCACUCGCCGUAACGUGCAGCCACCUGUGGGUAGCUGUUAAGACAUGUUUCUAUAGAUUACCACAGUAUGACUCACACCCAUAAAUACCAUAAAUACCCAUAAAACCUAGCGGUCAAACAGGGAAAUGGUUCCAAUAGUUUUUCCACCAUUCAAUUUUCCCAUAGUUUAUUUUGUGAAAAACGUACAAUAAGGGCUGUGUUUCGUAUAGGCUUACUCUGGCGUGACGUUUUGAUAACCGUGUAAAUCUCUCUAGGACAAGGUGACUUUUAUCAAUAUAUUUGCCUGUAUUUACCCCCCCCCCAAAAAAAUGAAAUGCUGUUUCGAGAAUUUCUAUCUCUAAUUCAACCUAAGCUUGAAUCAUUACCAGAGGUUGUAAGGCUCUGGUUUGAAUCAUAAAUGAUUCAAGGUCCACAACCAGCAAGAAUGAUCUGUAUUUUUAUUCAUGGAGAGCUCUGGCGCCAAAACCCAUACACUCCUGUUUUAUACCCCUUGACACACAAAGGCACUUUGCUCCGCCCACCUUUAGGAGGCUUUCUUAAACAGUUUCCACCUUUCUCCUUCACCCUGGAAUGUUUAGUCCUGCCCCCCUCUGUUAGUGGGUUGACACUACAUUAUAAUUCUAACACAGUUUACACAUUUAUACUGUAUUUGGGGUGAAAUCCUUUAGUCAUUAUUCUUAAAAUACAAAUUAAUCUAACAAAUGCUAAUUAGUUGCUAAUGUGGCUAUCAUAAAGAACUACAAAUGCCAUGAUGAUCUGGACGAGACUGCUGAAUCAAGGCAAAGGUAAGAAUCUCUGGAUUAACUCUCUAAUGUUAGCUAAAUGUAGUAAUUAACAAAUUGGCUUCAUUUUUUAAAUGGACAAUUCAAAUUUAAAUUCAAUUAGCAUUUUCGAAUCUGAGAGUAAAUAGAGCCGAAUAUGUUGAAAAAAGUCAACUUGUCCGAGAGAGAUUUACAUGGUUAUCAAAACGUCAUGCCAGGGUAAGCCUACACGAAUCACAGCCCUUAUUGUAAGUGUUUCUAAAAUCCCCAAUGGGAAAAAUGAAUGGUGGAAAAACGAUUGGAACCAUUUCCCUGUUUGACCACUAGGUUUUAUGGGUAUUAGGACACCUCCACUGUGGGGCUCUAUAGAGAAUACCAGAACCCUGUGCUUUCCUGGAGUGAAGAUCCAUAACAUUCUAGUGAUGCUUCCCACAAUCCAGAAGCAGCUACCUGAGGCUAACUCUCUGGUAAUACAUGUGGACCUGAUAGGAUCUGCAAAGUAUUUAGGCAGGCGGCUACUUAUCUCAGGUCUGCUACCCUCAAUAGGCCGUGGGUUUAACCACUUCAACAGACUCCUCCAAAUGCACAACUGGCUGAAAACAUACUGUGCCACAGUGAAAGUGGCUUUCAUUGACAAUUUCGACCGGUUUUGGAAGUGAGUGGAUUGUUUCAAUGAAGACAGAAUACACCCAAACGGCCACGGAGCACAACGGCUCUCAUUGAACAUAGCACAGUCGCUGACAGCCCAAGCCCCCAGGUAAUUCCCGUUAUUACUACUCAGUCCCUUGCAUGAUCAGCUAGAAAUUCUCUCAAUUCAAGGGGUGCAAAAAAUCAGUAAUCUAAAUCGUGUUGAGCUACUUUCCCUGAUUAGUACUGUUUGCUCCACCAGUCUUCCCCCUCCUUAGACUGUGCACUCUCCGGCAGACUUUAAAACAAGGCUCGGGCUUGGGCUAAUGCACAUGAAUGUGCAAAGUAUUAUCUCCAAGAUGGACAUGUUGGACAUUUGGGUCCGGGAUACAAAUCGCAACAUUUUAGUGUGCUCUGAAACAUGGUUAAAAGCUCUGUUGAUCCAUUGCACAUUAUAAUGUUUACAGAUGUGAUAGGCCAAAGAAGGGUGGCGGUGUAGCAAUUAAGGGAAAAACAACAUUAAGGCGACCCAAUCUCUCAAUGUCUCGCUUCCGAAGCAAAUUUGAGCUACUAUGUACAUGUAGUUAUAAAUGUUGUUAUUUGCCAGAAUGUUAAUGUCUAUGUUGCAGGGAUCCAUGGCCCUCCCUCUGCCACAGCGGGAGCAAUCAAAACUGUCGCUGAGCUACUAGCCCCAUACAUAGCCUCUGAAAUAGUGAUAUUGGGGGAUCUGAAUCUCGAUUGGCUUACUCCCUCGUCUGAUUGUCUUAAAUCAGCAUGUAUUGAUCUGAACUUAGUCCAACUGAUUUCAGAGCCCACUCAUUUGAAUAUAAAAAAUCCUGCUAAAUCAACUCUGAUUGAUCUCAUACUUACAAAUAACCCUCAUAAAUAGUCAACUAGUGGUAUUUUGCUAUGGACCUCAGUGAUCUCUGUCCCAUAGUCUAGUCUAUGUCAGAAACACAAAGUUGCCUAGAACUAAACCACGCCUUGUCACUAAAAUAAACUUUAAACACUUCCAUGAGCAAGGGUUCUUACAUGACCUUUACCAUUCAGGCUUACUUAGUGUUAAUUACACUCCGGACGUGGAACUUGCCCUUUAACAAUUCUCUAGUAUGUUUAUCUCUGUAUCUGAUAAACAUGCUCCUAUGAAGAGAUUAAUAAUUAAAGAUAGAGCCAACCCAUGGUCAACGCCUGAACUUGCUGAGUUAAUUCAGCUAAGAAAGAAAGCUUGGUCUGAAACCAAACACACUGGUAGCUCUGCUAACUGGCUCACCUUCAGACAACUUAGAAACAAAUGUACGGCUUCCAUAAAAAGGGCUAAAUCAAACUAUUUCAUUAAUUCCAUUCUUGAUUCUCGUGGCAAUUUUAGUUUAGGAAGGUUUAGGAAGGCUAUUAAAUUGCUAAAAAGAAGCAGCCACACCUUUCUGCCCAAUGAGGUUCUAUUUAACUCCAAUACUAUAACAGACAAAACUGAAAUAACUGACGUGUUUAACCAACAUUUUAUUGCAGCAGGCCAUUUGUUUGAAAGGGGAAAUGGCAGCAACAAGGACAACUCUGAAAAGACUGUUCAUGAUACAAGCUCAUCUCUGAUGCACCCCUGUUUAAUCACAGACUUGCCUGCUACUGUAAAUGGUAACCCACUGUUCUCUAUUCGUCAGGUCACGACUAGGGUAGUUCUGGAUGCUCUCUUAGUUAUUGAUGUAAAAAAAUCCUCUGGGGCAGACAUGCUUGACCCGUGUCUUCUACGGCUUGCUGCAUCUCUGAUUGUGGAGCCUUUGACACAUUUUUUAUCUAUCCAUUCUCUUGGAUAUUAUUCCUAAGGUGUGGAAGGCGGCCCUUGUUUUCUCACUCCACACUGUGAUCUUAAUAAUUAUCGCCAAAUUUCAAAACGUUCAUGUCAAGAGGAAAUAUUAGAACUCAUGAUACAUUCUCAGCUGCAGUCCUUUUUAGAUAGAAAAUGUAUUCUGAAUGCUCACCAGUCAGGCUUUAGGCCAGGACAUCAAUGUCAUAGUUAUUCAUAAAUUACAUAGUUAACACACUAGACAGGAAACAGCACUGUCGAAAGCAUUCAAUACAGUUGAUCAUGCACUCCUGCACGACAGAAGUCAAUGUACAGUAAACUGCUGAUGGCGUUCUCUUAAAGGUCCUGAAUAGUGAUUCUGAUUACCAUGUAAAAUAGCAUUUUGAGUGACUAAAAUAUCUCCCAUAAGAUUUUCUGGGGAUAGAAAUGCAAAAAUAAUAAUUUCUCUCUCAUGGCUAACUACCAGGAAGUCUGAAAAGACUGGCUGAGUGGCCGGGGAGCUUAUUAUUUUUAUUUACUCUUUAUUUAACUAGGCAAGUCAGUUAAGAACAAAUUCUUAUUUACAAUGACGGCCUACACCGGCCAAACCCGGACGACGCUGGGCCAAUUGUGCACCGCCCUAUGGGACUACCAAUCACGGCCGGUUGUGAUACAGCCUGGAAUCGAACCAGGGGGUCUGUAGUGAUGCCUCAAGCACUGAGAUGCAGUGCCUUUAGACCGCUGCGUCACUCUUAUAUUCAUUAGCUCGACUUGACUGACUACUCUUUGAAACGCCUAUGUCAAAAACUUGGAUGCAGUGUUGCAGUAAAAUCCUUUCAAGCAAAUUUGGUAAUACACAAAGCAACACAAACAUUGAAAUUGCAUCAAUUCUGGGUUUUUAUACAUCCCCCAUUUGGCAUGUCUCUUGUGAUGCGGUUCACAGCAGCACUGACGGAUGUGUUGGCUUGACAACUGCGUUAGAGUUUUGAACAACCCUUCCCCCACUUUUGUUCCAUGCUGGCUGAAGACCUAGCUUUAUACCCUGAUGAAGACAGCUUGGCUGUCGAAACGUUGAUAUUCAAUUAUUUCAUCUGAGCUCCUAGAGUGUGCGGCUCUCCUUUUCUUUUUCAAGUGUUCUACUCCGCUAGCCAGCACCUCGCCUAACCAGGUGUGUGUUUCUUCCACCUCAUGAAGACCUAGCCAACCAGUAACUAGCUAACACCAGACACAGAUGAAAAUGGGAAACAUAUAAGUAUCUUAGCCAUAGAUGAAUAGGGUAAACUUUUAAUUAUAUUUGCUGACACACUACAGUCAAAUGUUGGCACCAGUAGAGUAGCCAUCUAGCUAUAUAAACCACGCCCCUCCGUAAACACGCUUAAUUAAAUUAGGCAAGAGAAUAUCAUGGUACCAUUGGUGUAUUAAAAUGAGAGUUAGGGUGAUGUCACACUAUCCCCUUAAUAAUUAAUCCAAGUGUUUGACAUGGGGGAGGGGACCAAUAACGUUAUGAUCAAACUUUAUCAAUGUAGACGCAACAGUCAUUUUUCAUACUUUGGUCAUCAUGUUUUGAUUUGGUUUCAUCCAAAUAUCAUAACAUUUCAUAAAAAACAUGAUUUUGACUGUUUAUGACCUUGAACAUAACCAAAGGAGUCCCACAAGGCUCAAUACUAGGUCCUUUACUGUCCACUAUUUACAUUAAUAAUGUUGGUCUCUUCCUGAAUAAUAAUAACUGGGGCUUACAGUUCUCUACGGAUGAUACAGUUAUUGAUUCCCGUGCCCCCUCAGUGCAGCAGGCCAUUCACAACCUUCAGCUUGGCUUUGAUUCAGUUCAAGAAUCGCUCACCGAUCUUAAAUUAGUGCUAAAUGUUGAUACAAGUUUAUGUUUUUCUCCAGGUCUCGUAAAAUGUAUCCUAAAGACCUCUGUAUCUGUACCUUGAGAGGAGCCCAAAUUGAGCUAGUCCCCCAUUAUAAGUAUCUAGGUAUUUGGAUUGAUGAUAAGCUGUCCUUUAAAACACAUAUUGAUAAACUGACUAAAAAGUUGCGAGUAAAGAUUGGUUUCCUGUAUAGAAAUAAAUUCUGUCUCAGUUUUGAAUAUAGGAGAAAGAUUGUUCAAACCACUCCUCCCAGUAAUUGACUAUGGCGACUCAAUCUACAUUACAUGCACGUGGCAGCCUCUGUGUUAAAGCCUCCAGAUUCAGUCUACCACUCAGCCUUGCGUUUUAUCACUAGAGAUAAUUUCCGUACGCAUCAUUGUCUCUUAAAUAGUUAGUUGGCUGGGAGUCUCUGACUACCAGAAGGUCCCAACACUGACUAUUAUUCGCAUAUAAAGCACUUCUCCAGAAACUCCCAUACAACCUUACCUCACUUCUAAAUUGGAAAUCUAGUAACUAUAAGACUCUCAAGACAGGUUGGUACUAGAGGUUCCACGGGUCUCCUCUGAGUUAGGGAAGACUGCUUUCAGUUACUAUGCCCCUCAGUCCUGGAAUAUCCGACAGGUCAUUCUAAAACCCGAUUCUUUGUUUCCAAAAGGUGAACUUUUAUUUAACUUUUAAAUCAUCUUAAACAGGUGGAGGAGCCUUGGUGUGACUACAGGUGGAUGAGGCAUUAAUUAAUAAUUGAUCAAGUCUUUUGGAAUUCUUUACAUAAUGUGGUGGGUCAGGUUAUUAUACCAAAUCAAAACCAGUAUUAUGUUAGCUGUUAACUCCAAUUGGAGUUUCUAAUGUUCAAAACAGCAGGGUUAGCGGGUUCAAGUCAAGUGCCAAUGAACAGCCUGUGUUAUGAUUAUUUCCAUCGAAUCAGGUGAGCAUCUGAGUUUAUUGUGAGUGAGAUAUAAUAUUGACUGAGGGACCACCUAUCUUAAAAUACCUCCAGCAAUGUAAACAUGAGUAAGUGCACAGAAUCAACAUGGGUUAUCAUCAUAGAGUUAUUGCCGCUGUUUGUGGUUUUAUAGUUUUUCCAUUGACACAGCAGCACUCUCUUUACAUUUCCUGUUGUUCCCUGGUGUUGGAGAUUAGUAGAGAUUAUUCUUACAUGUGUAAAGGGAAAUCUGCAAAGCAAUUGCUUUGAUAAAAAAUGUUUUUGCCACUCUAGACGGCCCUUUAAGUGCAACCACCAGAGAUUAUAAGGGGAGGGGAGGUUAGCUGCUCUCUGAUGCCCAUCAGGAGGCCUCUUCAGUGUUUCCCCAAGGAUUUUUUCAGCAGCUGUGGCAAAGUAAGCAUGAGAGGGGGUGCUAGUGGGCGUGGCCAAUGGCGCGGUCUCCGACCAAACAUUUUAGAGACCGUCCUCUAGGCCGCAGAGCCAAAACAUUUUCAGUUUUAAAACUAGUUGCCUACAAUUAUACACAUUUUACCAUGGGCUGAGAGUAAAGCUAAUUUCCUGCAAUUCUACACAUUUUGCCAUGGUUUAUGUGGUGUUCUUAUGCUAUAUGAGUGACUCAAUCAUUCUAACAAAACCAGCGUUCAUCGUGUGGUCAUUUGGAAAACGCCUGGGAGUUAAGAGGAAUGGUUUUAGUAUUAAUGAUUGUUAGUUUUCAAAGAUGAUCUUAUUUUUUUAAAUAUAUAGCUCCAUUAUCUUUUCUACAUACUUUAUCUGUUUUUAGUCAUUUAAUUUUACAGUGAAAACAUUUCCCCUAUAUGCAUUUUUUAAAAUCAUAUAUUUUGGCCCACCACCGCUAAAUAAAUAUAGGGGAAACACUGCCUCUUCCUCUGAGUUUACUCCAUAGAAAUAGAAUGAAGUUCAUUCUAUUUUUAUGGUUUACUCACUCUCGGCAUCUAGGGUCCUGGAGCAAGCUAAGCCUUCACCAAGCCCACACAAACAAUCAUGCAGUAUCCUUAAAGAUGGAAUCCGCAGUAGUGCGAAACAGCGCCACUGUCUGCCCCACGGCUGUUGUUAUUUAAAAAACUAAAUAAACAAACGAAACUACAUACAGUAUGCUGCUGUUUUGUUGCUUGUGCUAUUUUGUUUUGUUGCUUGUGCUAUUUUUAAAAAACGGUGUUUGUUUGCAGUAACUUUGUUGUUUUAAUAUCGCAAACGGACGUGGCUGUUUCACCAUUAAGGAUUUCAGCUUUAAACUACUGACUUGGCAUUCUGUAGUAAGUUAAUAAAGGGUCUGGUCCUGGGCCAGCUAACAGCAGCUAACAGCAGGGGUGCACAGAACUACGUGCUUCUAGUGUGACUCGGUCAGAGGAAAGCAGUUCUGCAUUGAAUGACUGAAAUUAGUUAACCCUUCACGUUCAUGCUAAACCAACUUCUAUGUGGAAAAUACAACCAUAUGUAACAACACAGCAUUCAUAGAGUUGCAAUUCAAAAAUAUUUAACGUACAACCAGUUGGUUUUCUCAUUAGAGUUCAGAUUGGAAAUUCAACACAUUGUUGUAUGGUAUGGCUUGUAGUAUUUAGAACUCACUUGAACCCUAAUAAAAUUCACACUGAGCUAGUCCUCAUACUUUGUCCCUCUUUCUUCCCCAGUCACAGGACAGGCCACUACAGUGUCCAGAGCCAGCCCAAAAAUGCCUCAGGAAAGCCCCAAUACCACCACUUUAACUCCCAGGACUCGCUGGACGAGCUGUUCAUGGACGAAUACUGGACAGAGGUGGAGAACAUCAGCCUUAGCGGAGAGGUGAAGGAGGAUGCAGAGCCACAGGAGGAGGUGCAGCUGAAGGUGCCUGAUGGUAUGGAGCUCUACACUAUAGCAGGAGUGUCAACUGAAGUAGAGAUGAGAUGAGGUUGUUCUAGUGGAAGGACCAUAUGUCCUGCUACUUCAGUGUAACAUUUUAGACCAACCUGCUGAAACAAGACCGAAUGAGAGUGAUGAGCUGAGCAGGGGGUUCUCGAGCUGAGAAAUAAAUACAAAAUAUUUGUUCAUUAUGCCCAGCUCACGAGGCCACUUGACGUGAGGCCUGAGGCAAUUGCCUCUUCUGCCUAAUGGUAAGUCCGCCAGUGAGUAUGUACUAUGCACAUUAGAAAUAGAAUGAAUUCAUUAUAUUUCUAUGGUACAGUAUAUGACUUGUUGCUUACCUAGAUCGCUAUCUGAAAGGAUUAUUUUAGUAGAGCACAUACAGUACAUACUGGUCUGUUGUCCAGCACAUUGUUUUGCAAUACCACCACAUAAUGAUAACUCAUUUCUUUAAUCCACAAAAUACAAUAGCCUGGCUUGAUCCUACAGGAUCAGGAAAUGCCUAUAAAAAGCACUGCAGAAGUUUGUUUAUAAAGUCGAAAUGCAUUGUUUUGUCUGAACACUAAAUGUAGGAACUUCCUUCUGUUCUUUUCUAUAUCAAGAAUGUUGGUGUAUGACCGGUUAAGGCAGCGGUUCCCAAACUGGGGGUCACCUGAUAUGAAAAUUGGGUCACGGGAGAAUUCACAAAAUCCUGAAAAAAUACAACAACAAUACGUGUAUAUAUAUAUUAUAAUAUCUUCUUUAUCUCAAAAUCAUUGUAACGUGGUUAACCUUAAAAAUCGAAAUUAAAAUGAUAAAAUUCAACCAGAGAGCUCCCUUAGAUCAAGGGAAAAGGCCGCACUUGACCGUUGCACUUGAUUCAUUCCCAUGGUGAAUGGCUUGGCCCGCUACGCUAUGAAACCACACACUAUUGCAGAGACAUUGAUAUUACCUCACGCAAUUGAUACGGUGAAAACAAUGUGUGGGGAGGCAAAGGCAGAGAAACUCACAUCAACACCUUAGUCAGAUAACACUGGUAAAAUAAGAAUUGAUGCUAUUGCUAGCAAUCAAGAGGAAACUGCCUGAACGACUCAAAAACUCCCCAGUUUAUGCUCGCCAAAUGGACGUUAGCUGUGAGGGCCGAGAUGCCCAUGCCUUGACUUUUGUUCGCUAUAUAUGUCGGGGGAUUUUUUCAUUGAGAGAGGACCUGUUGUCAUUCACAAUGGAUGUAAAAUUUUGUUUUUACAAAAAAUAGAGACUGUCGACUUUCUGUGUAAUGAAAAUAAAAUUACUCCUUGCCUAUGUAACAGACAUACAGUAUUUGGGAAACUGAACGAACUGAACGCAAGCAUGCAGGGGAAAUACAAAAACAUUCUACAGAUGAGUGACCGAAUCAGUGGAUUCAGAGGAAAUAAUUAUUAUUGGAGAGAGCCUUUCAAAAGCGAAUCAUGCCCCCUUCCCUCGGCUGUGCAUGUUUCUAACAAAAAACAGCAUCAGUAAGUGUCCCAUACGAGUGAUGACUGCUCACCUCCAACGCUUGGAAAAGCACUUUGUGACUUACUUCCCAAUCCGUUUGAAUGGCUCAGUUGACAUGCCGUUAAGUGAAAUCGAACAGCUGAUCGAGCUGUCAUGUGACCGAAUGCUGCAGACAACACAUUCACGGUUCACUACGGAGGAGUUUUGGUUCCUGACUCAAAGGGAAUACCCUGCUGUAACCCUUUUUAGCAUUAAAAAUCAUGGUACCAUUCGCCAGCUCAUAUCUGUGUGAAGCUGGAUUCAGUGUUCUCGUCUGCAUUAAAACCAAAUGUCGAUCCAGGUUGGAUGUGACCGCAGAGAUGAGGUGCGUACUGUCGACCACGCCCCCUGACUUUGACAAGCUCCGACACAACAGGCAUCAAGCACAACUAUCUCAUUAGUGGUCGUGAGAUAAGAGACAUUAUGUCAGACUAAUUUGCAAUUGACUGUCAUAGCCCCACAUUAAAAGUAUGUGAUGGUGAGUUGAAGACAAUCAGAAAUACUGUUAGAAUGCUUUUCAAUUGACUGCCAUAGCCCCAAAUAAAAAAGUAAACAUUGGCUGUUAAUUACAGAUUUUCUUUCACAUGGUUCACAUGGGUUGCGAGAAUUUUCUGAUCAAAAUGGGGUUGUGGGCCAAAAAUGUUUGGGAACCCCUGGGUUAAGGGGCUAAGGAGUGAGACAGCCUUCCCUGUUUCAUGUCCUUGUUUGUUUCUAUUCCCACACCUCGGUAGAGAGAAAUUGCCUAAUUAUAAUAGUUGAAAAAUAUGGGUUGUUUAUGAAUUCGAGGGACCAAUAAAAAGGGAUACAAAACGUAGGUGCUGGAUUUUAGGCCGGUAGCAACCACCACAGGGUGUCCGUUCAGAACACGAGGAAGCAGUAGUUCCAGUUCAAGGUUUAAUGAAGAUCCACACACACAUACAACACCACUCUCUCUGAUACUAAUUGUGGUUAUUUAGCUGUACACACAAUAAACAUCAGAAAGAAAAGCAAUUUCUUCUAAGGAGGUAGAAUAAGCAGGAGAAUAAGCAGGUUGGUCAUCAGAAUGGAAACUACAGACUGCCUGAGGCUAAUAAAAUUAUGAUGAUUGGCGUGACCUUAUUCCAAUAGGAAAACCAAAAGAAAGUUGGGGUCUUGGAAAGGAGAUGAUCUGGCCGUUUUGACAUUAGUAAUUACACAGUAAUAAUCUAUGACUUACUUGUUUGUUUCUUUAUUAUUCAUUGUUUAGACUUACACACUUUCCCAUUAACAUACUACAGCUCUUUUGGUGUAUCAUCAACUCAUAAGACUCAACCUAACUCAACUACUGUCUGUCUGUAGAGGGGGAACAGGAGGAGGCAUGGCUGAAGGAGGCAGGGCUGGCCACUCUGUUUGACGAGUCGGCGUCGGACCCCGAGGACAUGAUGGGGCUGUUGUUCACGCUAACGCGCACACAGGCCGCCGCCGUAGAGAAACGUUUUGAAACCAUCAGGAAGAGGAACAAGCAGCACCACGUACCUGACGUCAGAGACAUCUUCAAACUCCCGGGCACACCGGAGUCGAAGGUCAGCCUACCACAGGUCCCGUUAACACGCACAAACCUGGUUUUAGAACUCAGUCAUGCCUGAGAUGCUUCACUGCAGAAAUAACCCAUUGACUUGUUUACCACAGUCAGUUAACAUCAUUACUAAUCACAUGGAGAUUGUCUGUUAAUGAACACCAGAAUGUGAGGUAAUAGGUAACUGGAUAUCUUAUCCUAAUGAGAGUCUUGUCUUUAGUCUGUUCACAAUUGGUAAUAGAAACAUAUAGUCUUUCUACAAUAUCAGCUGUUAGAUCAUUUUGUUUGAUUCAUUAAUUGUGCAAAAUAAGCUAUAUUACAUUCUGAUGAGAGCCUGUUUUUGUUCUGUAUUAUGUUGCAGGAUGAUGAAGCAAAGUCACCAGAGAGAAGUGAAAACAGAAAAAUGAAUAUUAUGACAGAUGGUAUGUACCACAAGUUCUAGGAGGCACAAAUGUCAAUUUCAUCAUGAAAAACUGGCGCACUAGGCAUUUUCCACCCCUUAUGCUAGGUUUGGCAAUUUACCUGUCUAACAUCAGCUCGCUUGCGCUGAGGUUGCAGGGGUGACAAUAUUUGAGGUGUAUCCUUAAAAACAAUCGCAAAAGUGAACAUUUCAUGCAGCGCUAAAGGGAAGUUUUAAGAACCACAAAAAGCAGGUCUUAACGGUAAUGCAGUUGAUAAUGGCAUCGAUUUUGAGAGCGGCAGCGCAGCCUAUCCAGCCGUGACGCACAGUGCCCAUGGAAAGAGAGGUGUGCCUUUUGUGCUGGUGAAUCUCGUAUUUUCGAAACAAAAAAAAUGGUUCCCCCCAUUUCGAUUAUGAGGCAAUAAGGCCCUUUAUCUACUUCCCCAGAGUCAGAUGAACUCAUGGAUACAAUUUAUAGGUAGUUUCGCAAACCAAUGCUAACUAGCGUUAGUGCAAUGACUGGAAGUCUACCCAUAGACUUCCAGUCAUCUAUGAUUUCAUCUGACUCUGGGGAAGUAGAUAAAGGGCCUCAUUGCCAAAAUCCUAAAGUAUCCCUUUAAUCAAGGCUGGUUUCGUAUAGGUGCAUAUUUUUAUCCUGUUUUAUUGUCACAUAUACCGGAUAGGUGCAGUGAACUGUGUUGUUUUACAGUAUCAGCCAUAGUAGUUUGGUGCCCCUGGAGCAAAUAAGGUUAAAUGCCUUGCUCAAGGACACAGACAGAUUUCUCACCUUGUUGGCUCCAGGUAUUCGAACCAGCGACCUUUCUGUUACUGGCCCAACGGUCUAACUAGGCUACCUGCCGCCCCAUUAGCUUAGUGCCUUGAAAUAUUUUGGAGGUUUUUGCCCUCAUGCUUUUUCAUGAUUCACAAUUCACAUACCUGCAUACAUCAUUUUGCUUGUUCAAGUAGGCUAUCCAUCCCCAUUUUCAAAGAGCACCCCUCGUCCAAUUACCAAAGUCGUGCUCCUCCAAACUAUUCAGUCCUAUAAUGCCAUAUCAAUGGCAGAUUCUUUUGAGAAUGUGCCUCACACAUAGGAAUACCUGGAAUAGUAUAACAGUAAUCCUUCUUCCCCUUUUUAUCAUAAUUUUAGCCAGCUCUCGUUAUUAAUUUGAAUCUGCGCAAAAGCCUCCAUAGUCUACCUUAAUAUUACAGUUGAAGUCGGAAGUUUACAUACACCUUAGCAAAAUACAUUUAAACUCCGUUUUUCUUGAGAUGUUGCUUCAAUAUAUCCACAUAAUUUUCCUUCCUCAUGAUGCCAUCUAUUUUGUGAAGUGCACCAGUCCCUCCUGCAGCAAAGCACCCCCACAGCAUGAUGCUGCCACCCCCGUGCUUCACGGUUGGGAUGGUGUUCUUCGGCUUGCAAGCCCCCCCUUUUCCUCCAAACAUAACGAUGGUCAUUAUGGGCAAACAGUUCUAUUUUUGUUUCAUCAGACCAGAGGACAUUUAUCCAAAAAGUAUGGUCUUUGUCCCCAUGUGCAGUUGCAAACCGUAGUCUGGCUUUUUUAUGGCGGUUUUGGAGCAGUUUCUUCUUCCUUGCUGAGCGGCCUUUCAGGUUAUGUUGAUAUAGGACUCGUUUUACUGUGGAUAUAGAUACUUUUGUACCUGUUUCCUCCAGCAUCUUCACAAGGUCCUUUCCUGUUGUUCUGGGAUUGAUUUGCACUUUUUGCACCAAAGUACGUUCAUCUCUAGGAGACAGAACACGUCUCCUUCCUGAGUGGUAUGACGGCUGCGUGGUCCCAUGGUGUUUAUACUUGCGUACUAUUGUUUGUACACAUUUUUCACAUUUUAGUCAUUUAGCAGACGCUCUUAUCCAGAGCGACUUACAUGAGCAAUUAGAGUUAAGUGCCUUGCUUAAGGGCACAUCGACAGAUUUUUCACCUAGUCAGCUCAGGGAUUAGAACCAGCGACCUUUCGGUUACUGGCAGAACGCUCUUACCCACUACGCUACCUGCCGCCGCAGAUGAACGUGGUACCUUCAGGCGUUUGGAAAUUGCUCCCAAUGAUGAACCAGACUUGUGGAGGUCUACAAUUUUUUUUCUGAGGUCUUGGCUGAUUUCUUUUGAUUUUCCCAUGAUGUCAAGUAAAGUGGCACUGAGUUUGAAGGUAGGCCUUGAAAUACAUCCACAGGUACACCUCCAAUUGACUCAAAUUAUGUCAAUUAGCCUAUCAGAAGCUUCUAAAGCCAUGACAUCAUUUUCUGGAAUUUUCCAAGCUGUUUAAAGGCACAGUCAACUUAGUAUAUGUAAACUUCUGACCCACUGGAAUUGUGAUACAGUGAAUAAUAAGUGAAAUAAUCUGUCUGUAAACAAUUGUUGGAAAAAUUACUUGUGUCAUGCACAAAGUAGAUGUCCUAACCGACUUGCCAAAACUAUAGUUUGUUAACAAUACAUUUGUGGAGUGGCUGAAUAACUAGUUUUAAUGACUCAAACCUAAGUGUAUGUAAACUUCCGACUUCAACUGUAUAUGCCCACGGGGAGCAAUUAUGGUGCCUGUAAUGGCCGAUAUUAAAACAAGUCGUUUAAUUUUGAUUAGAAUUUGAUUAGAAUUAUUCACUCUCUUUUUUAAGUCUUAUCAAUAGUGAAUUCAAUCUUGCUUAUUGACAAUGUUUGGCAUAUCCAUGGCUCAGAUUCACACUGAUGUGUGUGUGUGUGUGUGUACAGAUCAGGUGGUGGGGCAGGGGAAUGAGGCUGGCCCUGCUGAGCAGAGUGUGUCUGAACCUGAGACAGACAUCAACCUAGAGCUGUCCUUCUCUGAUCAGGCCCUCGGCUAUAAGGAGGGCUCAAAGGCCAGCAGUGAGGCUCUGACAGACACAGACGAUAAGCUACCUGUGAGUAAACAUUAACACCACCACACAGAUUGACUGAGCCUCUCAGCUGGAGCAAAGUUUACAUGUUGUGAUGGACGUUUUUAAUGUUUGUGCUUGUCUAAAAACUAAUUUCUGUGUUCUAUUCAUGUGCUUUUCUAAUAAUUGUUUUCUGUGCUCAUGCAAGUGACUGACUGAACGAAUCCUCACUAUCAGUAGCUGCAAUUUGGCAGUAGGCCCAGACCUUUGUUUUGAGAACGAAAGAUAUCUCAGUUUCAAGGUCUCAGCUUAGAGAGAAGAAGCCUCGUGAGGUAUUGGUCUGUCACAUCUUAUGAACCAGUAUUGGUCGGUCACAUGAAUGAAACAAAAUGCUAAUGAUGAAUUAAUUAUGCAAAAUCAUGCAAAUAUAACUUGUCUGUAUAUAGCCGUAUAUAAGACAACUGCUGGGACUGCCCCAGCAGAGCUCCUGAUUGACAUGUGUACUAUGGUGCAUUGAGUUGGUUGGAACCUCUCCAGCUCGCUGAUAAUAAAGGAUGAUUCAUUUAAGAUUGACUUCGAGUGUCCCUGGUGGAAAUUUCCACAACAUGGUGGUGAAUUUCCACGACAAUAUCAAAACGGGAAGUGUCACUCGUCAACAUUGCGGGCUCCCAUAGCCUGGUUGGGGACAAAGGAUUUCAAAUAUUUAUAUGUUUUUUGUCAGCAGCAGGAACUGUGUUUACUUAGCCACCCGUGCGUCAAUCUAUACUGAACAAAAAUAUAAAUGCAACAUGUAAAGUGUUGGUCCCAUAUUUCAUGAGUUGAAAUAAAAGAUCCCAGAAAUGUUUCAUAUGCACAAAAAGCAUAUUUCUUGCAUUUUUUUUGCACACAUUUGUUUACAUCCGUGUUAGUGAACAUUUCUCUUUUGCCAAGAUAAUCCAUCCACCUGACAGGUGUGGCAUAUCAAGAAGCUGAUUAAACAGCAUGAUCAUUACACAGGUGCACCUUGUGCUGGGGACAAUAAAAGGCCACUUUGUCACACAACACAAUGCCAAAGAUGUCUCAAGUUUCCAGGGAGCGUGCAAUUGGCGUGCUGACUGCAGGAAUGUCCACCAGAGCUGUUGCCAGAUAAUUUAAUGUUAAUUUCUCUACCAUAAGCUGCCUCCAAUGUCAUUUUGGAGAAUUUGGCAGUACGUCCAACCGGCCUCACAACCGCAGACCAUGUGUGUGGCAUCGUGUGGGCGAGCGGUUUGUUGAUGUCAACGUUGUGAACAGAGAGCCCCAUGGUUGCAGUGGGGUUAUGGUAUGGGCAUGCAUAAGCUACGGACAAUGAACACAAUUACAUUUUAUCGAGUGGCAAUUUGAAUGUACAAAAAUACUGUGACGAGUUCUUGAGGCCCAUUAUGUGGCCCAUUUUUUUGAAGGUAUCUGUGACCAACAGAUGCAUAUCUGUAUUCCGACUCAUGUGAAAUCCAUAGAUUACGGCCUAAUUCAUUAAUUUCAAUUUACUGAUUUCCUCAUAUGAACUGUAACUCAGUAAAAUCUUAGAAAUUGUUGCAUGUUGCGUUUAUGUUUUUGUUCAGGAUAAUUAACAUAAUAAAACAAUUCCCAUUGAAAUCUGUCUGUUUAAGCUAGAGAUAUCUGUUGUUUUGUAUGGGCUGCGUCUCAAUCACCGCAUUUGCCUACAGUGCCAUGAGAAAGUAUUCAUACCCCUUCACUUAUUUCACAUUUUGUUGUAUUACAGCCUGAAUUCAAAAUUGAUUAAAUAGAUUUUUUCUCAACCAUCUACAAACAACACCCAAUAAUCACAAAGUGAAAACAAGUUUGUAUACAUUUUUUGACAUUUAUUGAAAAUGAAAUACAUAAAUAUCUUAUUUACAAAAGGAUUCACACCCCUGAGUCAAUACUUUGUAGAAACACCUUUGGCAGUGAUUACAGCUGGGUCUUUCUGGGUAAGUCUCUAAGAGCUUUCCUCACCUGGAUUGUGCAACAUUUGCCCAUUAUUAUUUUCAGAACUCUUCCAGCUCUGUCAAAUUGGUUGUUGAUCAUUGCUAGACAACCACUUUCAGGUCUUGCCAUAGAUCUUUAAGUAGAUUUAAGUAAAAACUCGGCCACUCAGGAACAUUCUUAGUAAACAACUCGUGUAGAUUUGGCCUUGUGUUUUAGGUUAUUGUCCUGCUGAAAGAUGAAUUCAUCUCCCAGUGUCUGGUGGAAAGCAGACUGAACCAGGUUUUCCUCUAGGAUUUUGCCUGUGCUUAGCUCCAUUCCGUUUCUUUUUUUAUCCUGAAACUCCCCAGUCCUUAAUGAUUACAAGCAUACCCAUAACAGGAUGCAGUCACUACUAUGCUUGAAGAUAUGGAGAGUGGUACCCCAUUAAUGUGUUUUAUUGGAUUUUCCCCAAACAUAACACUUGGAUUUUCCCCAAACAUAACACUUGGAUUGAUACACCAGCCAAAGUGUAAUUAAUAACUUCACCAUGCUCAAAGGAAUAUUCAAUGUCUGUUUUCUUUAUCUACCAAUAGGUUCCCUUCUUUGCGAGGCAUUGGAAAACCUCCCUGGUCUUUGUGGUUGGAUCUGUGUUUGAAAUUCACUGCUAGUAGUCAUUAAAAAACCAUGUUAAACACUAUUAUUGCACACAGAGUAAGUAUAUUUAACGUAUUAUGUGACUUGUUAAGUGAAAUUUUACUCCUGAACUUAUUUAGGCUUGCCAUAACAAAAGGGAUGCAUGUGUAUUGAAUCAAGACAUUUAUUUAAAAUUUGUAUUAAUUUGUAAACAUUUCUAAAAUCAUAAUUCCACUUUGACAUUAUGGGAUAUUGUCUGUAGGCCAGUGAUAAAAAAAAUCUCUAUUUAAUCCAUUUUAAAUUCAGGCUGUAGCACAACAAAAUGUGGAAAAAGUAAACCCUUCCGCAUCUGCGGUAGAAAGUGGCAGAGCUACAGCACUGUUUGUCAGACCAGGAGACAUCCCGAAAAUCGGUCCUCUUACGAAAAUGUCUGUAGCGUCCAAACUAGUAUGACCACUGUAUGGAAAGACGAGACUCUCACGAACACGAUGGUGUUCUCCGUUUUGCUCUAUGACUCCCACAAGCCCCACAGGACUCAUCUGAAGUCGGUACCGCCGAUGUGCCAACUUCUGUCUGUACCGUCUGAACUGUUUGGGCUACAAACGAAUGAACUCUCAGGAACAUGAUGGUGUUCUCCGUUUGUUCUACUACCCUCACAUGUGUCACAGGAAUCGUCUGAACGUAACCCGGUAUUGGUUUUAAAAAAUGAAUGGAAGUAUGAAAAUAGUUUUUUUGCCCAGAGAAAUAUGUCAACAACAAAAAAAUGAAAAUCCUGAGCUUUCUUAUAUCUACAUCAGAAAUGAUUGACAAAAAUGUUUUUUAUAUAGGCCUAUACAUCAUUUACACUGUAAUAUGUAGGACUACUGCUUGUGUACUAGUGUAAGUGUUAUAUGACAUUGAAUGCUGCCGUUUGCACAGAUUAUCAAUCAAAACCUUUUUGUCUAAUACGUUUCACAGUCCAAACUGUUCUAGCCUACUUGUGCAUUUGAAUCUCUGGCUCUAGGGACACCUGGUGGUGACAUUAAGGUAUAACCACAGAUACUCAAAAUGUCGGGUUUGCUAACUUGCCUAUGUUAACCUCUGCUUCUCUCUUCUCUGUGUGACAGAACUUCAAGCUAAGCAGAGACAAGACAGGGCUGACCAAGAUGGGGGACCUGUCUCCUCAGGAUAUGAAGAAGGUGCACCGUCUGGUACUGAUAGAGAUGACCGCUCUGUUUGACACGGCAGGCAUCGACCUCAAGGCCCACAAAGCAGUCAAACCCAAGGUCAAAGGUGAGCCAGUAUGCUACAUCUGUUAGCAUGGAACACUACUAUAUAACAGUAUAUCUAAGUGCCCUUAUAACUAUCCCAUUGACUUAGGGCGUUUGAACACAUAGUUUUGAGCUAUAGUUCGAAUCAGAGUUCGAUUUAUUUGUUACAUUGUAUUUUUUUCAUUUGGUCCUGUUGGUUUCACGUUGUCAAAUGUAAAACAACCUAAAAUGCCUAAACAGAACCAUGUGUUCAUGCAGGUAAUUUGUUUAUUGGAGAAAAAUGCUCACGUUAAAUCCAUCUAUGAUUAUCAAGAGGCAUAUCUUGUAUGUCCCAAACUUCAUAGGCCUAGUACUUUUGCUUUGGUAUUCCAACAACAUGUGGGAGGAAACAGCACAAUAGCCAUUCUAACUGCAACGUGAAUAGCCUAUAGCCCCCGUCUCCCCUAAUCUGCAUCAGAUGUGCUCAUAAAUGCGCUGCUACUCACAUAAUGUUUCAGAUAUAUUAAGUUAUUUCAUCAAAUGCUCGCAGUCAAGCAACCAAUAAUACCUCUGGUUCUUUCUCUGUGGUCCGGACUGUGUUCUCACCUGCACCAUGGUACGAAUUGAAUCGGACCGACACCACCCUUUUUGAGCAUUGGUGCAUUGUUUAGUGCGCUCCCGAGUGCAGAUAGUGUUCACACCAGUCCAAACGAACCGAACUAAGGGCGAAAACACGCCAGACUUUGGAAAAAACGCUCCAAACCAAUUUGGUGUGAAAGCCCCCUUAGUCUCAGGAAGCUCUGAUGAAAUUAUGUUGUUUGUGUUCUAGAGUCUGGCCUGUUUGGAGUUCCUCUGGCCACCCUAUUGGAGCAGGACCAGAGGAGACAGGCAGGGACCAAGGUGCCAAUCAUACUGCAGAGGGUGAGCAGCACAACCUCUCAUUAACACAGUCAGGGAUCCUGGUUCACUUUAAUCAUACAGUAUGUCUAAAUUUGUGGUCUGCAGUAGAAAUCUCUGCAGUUUGCUGUAGUGGUGAAUGGUAUUCUCAUAUCUGCUGUUGAUUUGAUGGUAAAAGCUUAUAAUAGUGUUCUAUUGUUUCCAGCUAAUCUCUCACAUAGAGGAGGAGGGUCUGGACACAGAGGGGCUUCUACGGAUACCCGGAGCAGCCACAAGAGUCAAGGUCAUUGUUCAUCAUUUUUAAUAGAUGUACUCAUGGUUUAUCCGAUGCCUAUACAGUGUCUAGGCAAGGAUUUGCAUGCUGUAACAACAACAUUAUGUAGCUAUAGGGAAAUUAACAUUUAGCUAAUGGAAGGGCUAGUAGUGUGGUGACAGAAUAUGUGGAAUGUAUGAUGAGUGUUAUACUGUAGGCCUAUGUGAUGAAGCCUACAAUGUGUGUAUGUGUGUAUAUUAACAUAUGUGUCCUGCUGGCAGGCGGUGCAUGUGGAGCUGGAGGGGAAGUUCUAUGAGGGCCUGUUCUCCUGGGAGAGUCUGAAGCAGCACGAUGCAGCCAGCCUGCUCAAGCUCUUCAUCAGGGAGCUUCCCCACCCGCUGCUCACUGUGGAGUACCUCAGUGCUUUCAUGGCAGUGCUCAGUCAGUCCCAUUAUAUACUGCACGACAUUAUGCAUCAGACUUUCCUCAUGCUACACACUUUCUCUCACAAUGGUGCACUGUAUGUAUACUCCAAAGGAGGCUGCUGAGGGUCAUAAUAAUGGCCGGAACGGCGCAAAUAGAAUGGCAUCAAACACCUGCAUGUUGGAUGUAUUUGAUACCAUUCCACUGAUUCCGUUCCAGUCAUUAGCACGAGCCCGUUCUCCCCAAUUAAGCUGCCACCAACCUCCUGUGGUAUACUCAUUCAGAAAUGUAGCUUGAUUCUAUUCUUGAUUUGUCUCAUGUUGACUUAUGGGUUAGUAAACAAUCCAUUGUGGUUGUGAUUCUUUUGCUUGCCUUACAGAACUACCCACUAAGAAGCAACAGCUGCAGGCUCUCAACUUGCUGGUUCUGCUACUUCCAGAGUCCAGCCGUGAUGCCCUGAAGGUAGAUAUAACUGCUUUCUCUGUGUUAGUUCUCUAGCCAAUACAGUAUAGUCUCAUGUUUUCUGUUGGACACAUUGUAAUGAAUCUUAUGGUGGUUUCAGGCGCUGAUGGAGUUCUUUCAGAGGAUCAUAGACCACAAAGAGCAGAACAAGAUGACCUUGAACAACAUUGCCAUGGUGAUGGCUCCAAACAUCUUCAUGUUUAAAGGCUUCCGCAACAAGAUCAGUAAGCAGCAGGAAUUCUCCAUGGCCACAGAGACCGCCAUCAUCGUCAGACUGCUCAUCCGAUACCAAAACCUGCUCUGGACGGUACACUCUAAUCUAUCUUUUUCACAUAGAUACUUUAUAGGCCUACUGUAGUUGAAAUUGCACUUUGGUACCAUAUUUGUAAUGUUAUUAUAGUUUUUCUACUUCAGAUUCCUAAAUUCAUAAUGAACCAAGUCAGGAAACAAAACACGGCGAACCAGAAGAAAAUUAGCAAAGACCAUGCCAUGAGGAAACUCUUAAAGAAGAUUGCCUAUGACCGAGAGAAACCUGAAAAACAGGAGAAACCCCCCUCAGAGGUGAGAGCAGCAGCAGACAAAGGAGGACGUCUGUCUAGCACCUGUGUAUGGUAACUGAAAAGCAGUUAUGGCUGAGGAAACACCCAUGCUCCUGAGUGAAUCAAGAGGAGAAUAUGUGAAUGACCCAACUCAAAUGCCUUCUGGGCUUCCUGGUUCAACUGAGGGAAAAGGGAAUGGCUCCCCCUGACACCUAGUGGAUAUAUGUAGAACUGCAACUAUGUUUUUAACGUUUGAAAAAAUUACUUCAUAAUGAAGGAACUGCAUAAUGGGUAAUAUGGAUUUAUGACGAAAUUGAAUAAUAUAACAUAGAUUUUGAAUACCUCCAAAGAAUAUUGUUAUUGAAGUGCAGUUUUCGAGAAAUGCUUGAUAUGUUGUAUAAUAAUAUAGCUUCUGUACAAUUUUUAUUGGUGUAGUAUGGAAUACAGUAGCGACACUAUAGUGUGUACACUAUUAUGAUGGUUAGAUGAGACAUGUCUGUUGUCUAUCCCUAGGCGGACAGUAGUUCUCAGGGCUUCAUCAGGGUCCAGGCCCCUCAGUUCUCUAAGGUCUCCAUGGCUGUCCAGUUGACUGAAGAGCUGCAGGCGUCUGAUGUCCUCAGCCGCUUCCUCAGCCAGAAG